AUGUCUGGCGGGGCUACUCCUACGCCUGCCAGCGGCGGUAUUCGUAUGGUGCCUCCAGGGGACCCUGCUGGCCCAUCACCUCAAUCGACGUCUGUUUAUUCAUCUGUUAUCCAGGCCCCCAUAACAAAUGUACCUCAGUCUCAAACUCCGACUCAGCCACACGAUCCCUCGGCUAUGGUUCAGCGUCAUUCCUCUUUCGUUGGACUACCUCCCAUCAGAAGAGGGUCGACUUUUGACGUAAACUCGAGAUCGACGGCAACUGAACAAAGGACCACACAGCCUAUCGCUGAGCAUGUUUCUGCUGAGCCGGAAGACUUCGAUGAGAUUGCUCGUCAGCAGGGAACACUGACAUCCGAGGUUACGGUCGGGUCUACAUUAGUUGGGACAGAUUCUAUCAUGGAAGAGAAGUUCAAGAAAGAUGCGGAUGGAUCAGAACCUCAAUCACCCCCUCCGCAACAAUCCCCACGCCACUCGCUGCAGCAAUCGCCUCCCAGGGGACCACAGCAUCCAUUCCAGAUGCACCCAGUCCAACCCGGGCCUAUGCCAACGCAAACUCAAGGAUAUCAGCCUCCGAUGCUACCCUUGCUUCCACCUCAGCUCAUGGGAGGUAACCCCGUUCAAAGGCUUCCUCCGUCUGGUCCCUGGAAAUUGGAGGAAAGCCACUUGUCUGAACCUCUUCACCGCGUUACUCCUAAGCCUCAGGCAGUCCCACCAUCGGGCCAAUGGAAGUUGGAAGAAAGUCACUUGGCUGAACCCCUUCAUAUGGUUAACAGAAACCGAGCGGGUACGAAUGCCUCACAGGUUUCACAGGUCUCGCAGCGUUCACAGCGUUCACAGCAGUCCCAACAUGACCCUUUCUACGGCUAUAACAAAGAAACUGGAGAUGUUCCCCCUUCUCCAUCUUCGAGCUCUACGGCUAAUAGGCAUCAUCAACGGCAAAAGCCUUCUGAAGUGCCACCUUCAUCGGCCAAUCGUUACCCUGGCCUCUUCCCUGGUCAUCAACGACAGUCGAGCGGUUCUAAAGAUGUUCACCCUGGCCCUGGAUCUCAGUUCAUCAGACGCUUUUCCCAGGAGGGCAUCACCAGGACUGGGACGAGCGACACUACUAACGAAGACAGGGGACGUUCUAAAAUGGCCUCAGCAUUGUUGAAGGACAUUGGACAUCGGUUCAGGAAGAGCUCGACUGAGCGACGAAGCACGCCUGUGGAUCACCACGGUCAGCAGUUCCAUCCUCCGCAACAACAGCAGCAACUCCACCUACCGCACGCUGACGUCCAUCAUGAUGCGGCUUCCGUCUCAAGUGUGACGACAGACGGAACACAUGACAAGAAGAAGUCGAGAGCCAGUUUCAUGUUAGGCCUGAGGAGUAAGCAGAGCCGAGAACGGCUUUCAAUGCCUACCCCUCCACGCCCGGAUGACAACAGGCCCGCCACAUCGACGGAAGAGAGAAGGGGAUCUCGGCUCAACCCUGACUUCGAUCCUGCUUCAGGUCAGUAUCGCCCUGCAGGUCCUCCACGCGCAGCUACUUCGAACUUGGCCAACGAGAUGAGCCAAUCUGCUACUCCUCCGGCAAGGAAGCGAUUCUCGGCAUUCAAUACCAAGGCUGCUAUGACGAAUGUCUUCAAUCGGCCAAGCAGUGGUACAUCAUCGAAGCCUGGUACACCCACCUCCUCAAGGCCGAUCUCAAGUCACCUAGGAGCUCAGCAACCAGUUUCCCUGGAGCGCCCUGCUCAUCCAGACUUUGAGCGAAGUAGCACUGCUGGCCCUACCUUCAACCAGAUCCUUCCGACUCCAACAGGUACGCCGCCUGUUGAUGCUAAUGAGCGCCGCAAGAGACGAGGCUCGGCUGCUGGACUGAUCUCCGGCCUUUUGGGACACGUCCACAAGAGCAAAGAGUCCCAGCAGGCUAUGUCAUCCCAGAUACAACAGCCUUAUGAUCGCCGCGCUUCUGGUUCCCAGCUUGGUACCCCUCACCCGCCGUCCCUGCAGACACAAGGGCGAAGACCUUCGGGGCCCCAACUGACCAGCCCUGUACUUCCAGGGGGGCAGCUUGGGAGCCCCCAAGGCACUGCACCGCCAUUGGCUAGUCCCCAACCUCAGAGACCUCAUCAAUUUGGUGACCGGCAGUCGAUAUCUAGGGAGCAAUCCCCGAUGUCAUCUGCCCGACCUCUAUCUAGUGGGAUAAGAGAUAACCAGCACGCUCAAGCUGCUUACCGCAACUCACGUCCAUCACCUCUGGGCUUUGGCUCUACCACACCGGCAGGAACCCCUCCUAUCGGAUCUGUGACUGAUUCCAGCCGCCAUGGGACUCCACAGACACCUUUCAGCGUGGGACAGGGCUUCCCGGACGCGCGAGCUGGAAGAAUGCGAUCGAUCUCACCAGCUGCGUCCGCAAUCCGGAGUGCCCCAACAACCCAGACCUCCUUCAACGUUCCAAGCACGGCUCCAACCACUCAGCCGUCAUUCCACCAUGCGUCACAAUCUUCGCAAUCGCUUGACAAGCUCGCGCAUGCAAAGCAGGAGGGAACUCGGAUCCAACGACCAGUCACAGACUCUCCAAACAUGUCCUUCAGACAUGAGAAUAGGGCUAGCCAUGGUGCAUCAGAUAAUGACAUGCCCUUAUCUCCAGUGUCGCAAAUGUCCAAGACUGGCCCGCCGUCUGUGUCUUCGAUGGCUACUCAGAGUCCUCGUCUGAAUACCACUACUUUGGCUGCUGGGAGACGACAGUCCUCCCAGCUUUCACAGCCUAACACGCCUCUUGUAUCUGCAGUGUCUACUUCUCCACAACAUCAGACCUUUGCCAACAGGAUGGGAGUCUCACCGCCACAGCAACAACAGCAGUUUCCUUCUGGAUUCCAGCAACAGCCUGUGAAUGCUCAGCAACAGGCACACCCUCAGGUGAACCCUCAGCAUGGUGGCUACCAGAUUGCUCCAGGUCAACAGUACGAGCCCAAUCUCCGCCAGCCAUCUGCCGGUCAGCCUUUGCCAGGCUCACACCCACAAGCCACUUCUCCUGGCCGUCCACCUAUGCAGAUGCAGCACUCUGGUUCAGGCCCUCCAGUCCCCCCAAAGGACGGCUCGGGUGCUUUCCAGCAACCCCAGAUUGCCAAUCAACCAGCUCGCCAAGCAAGUCCGGGAGCUUCGAAGUGGAAGGGUUUGAGGAAUCGCAUGUCGGCACAGGUCUCAAACAAGCCAGCAGCGAGUCAAGGAAAGGGCGAGAACGACAAGCUGACUGCAAGCAAGAUCCUUGGGGCAUUUAAACGAGGUUCCAAGGAGAAUCGGCAGUCAAUGGUCAUUCCCGAUCUGCAGGCUUAUCAGAACCAUGAGAUGCGGCCUGUGCAGCGACAACAGCAGCCUCAGCAAGCUCAGCAAGCUCCGCGUCCCCAGCAGCCCCAGCAGCAAUUUGCUGGUCAAGUUCCGCAUGGACAGACCCAGUCUCCUCGACCAUCCUCGCAGGUCAGCGGCCAACCUUUCGGACAAGUGCCAACUGCUCGCCCGUCAUCUCAGUUCAGCAACCAGAGCAUGGGACAAGCGCAGACCAAGCGUUACUCAUCAAUGUUUACCAGCCCAAUUAUGCCACAGCAAGAGUUCCGAAGCCCUUCGGGGGCGUUCGCUUCAGGUCCCCAAGGAAUGAGCCAGCCACAGCCUGGUCACCCGUAUCAGUCUCCUCAGAUGCAGGGCCAAUUCCCGCCGACACAGUCGCCACAGGCUCAAUACCAUUCCCCGCCGCAGCCCCACGGUCAAUUCCAGUCUCCUGUCCAACAGCAGGAUCACUUCCAAUCACCUCCUCAACCGCAAGGCCAGUUCGUGCCUCCACCCAUGCAACAAGGCCAAUUCACGUCCCCCAUACAGCAGCAAGGUCGGUUCCAGUCUCCCGCGCAGCAACAGGGACAAUUCCCAUCCCCCCCACAGCCCCCGGGUCAAUGGCAGCCUCAGAUGCCGUCCCCCGCUGGACAAUUCCCACCAUCUCAACAAAGACAGGCUUCUUAUCCUGGCCAAUGGCACGGCGGGACUGUUGGUCAAAGCCCAAAUACGCCCUCGUCAUAUAGAAGUCCUCAGCAGUCUCAGUUCUCAUCGCAACCCCAAAGCCCGCAGUAUGGGUUCGCGACAGGACAAAAUGUUCAUGGGGAGGAAUCGCCCCCUGUCCAUGUUUCAACGCCUACUCAGGUUCACUCUCCUACACCAGUUCACGCCCCGUCGCCUCGUCCUUCACUGUUGAAUCUGCAAGCUAUGGUUGCUGCCAACCCUGAACACGACCACGCUCAGGAAGGAGAGCGUGAGCACUCAGAUGCUGCUCCUCGAAAUGAUCCUAAUGCAACUCGUCAGGGAACCUCCAAUAUGCAGAGGUUUAACAGCGACAGUCCUCAUAGUAGCAGAACCAGCGGAAGCCCUAGAGUCGGUGGAAACCCUCCAUCAACGCAACACGUUUCUCCAAGAGUAGGCACAGAGCAGAACGGUAGCUCAAAGUCCCGAGCUCCUAGUCUUCCCAUGCCUGUGCUUGCUGGUGGCGAUUUCAUGGGAGGCCAUGCUGCGCCAGGUACCAGUUCACAAUUCUCACCCGAAGCAGAGGAGUCCCAGGGCGUGUCGCUCAGUCCCCCAUCUGGUGCGCCGGGCAGUGUCAGCCCCAACUCUACGAGGCAAUCUCCAUCGGGCGGUAGUGAUCUCGGCCCUCCUGAGCCAAAGAGCAGGGGAGGCCCAUCGUUCCACGCUGAGCUUGAGGAUACUGAGGAUGCCCGGAAGCGCACAUUGCGAAUUGAUUCGCAAGAAGAGAAGAUUCACUACGACCCCAAUGCUGACUCAGAUGGAGAGGUUCCUCCUCAGAUGAGUGCGACUAGUUAUCCUGGCCAAGAGUGGAAUCCCUAUGGCAUGCCCGAGAUGGGUGACUGGAACGAGGCGACGGACCGCUAA